AUGGAUUCUCAACGGCCGGCCGAGGCGCCGCGCAGAAAAAUCGCCACCUACGGGAAACUGUCGUCUCGAGGGCCUCGCGCUCAUGCGACAUCAGCUCCGCAAACACCGUCCAACAGAGAAGUGACGCCCUCGACGACUCUUCGACAGAAGCUCCCCGGUCCGCCUCCGCCGCGAUUUGGCGAUCCUUCGCGAUCACAGAAAGCGCUACAUAGUGCCCCGGUCUCGGAUCAGGAAACAACUCGCAAACAACGUGAUCGCGAAGCAGAGACACCAAGAAAACGAAGCCAUAGAUCUGCUUUUGGUAUGGAAUCAACCAAAGGAACGGUGGACAUAUCGCCCACUCGCCGCGCACUGAAGUCACCCUUAUCCCGGAAGCUGACAUUGGGCCUGAAUGGAACAGAUGCGAAAGAUUCAAAACCCAGUUCCUUUGAAACGGGAUUCAUCAAUUCUCACGAGACUGUCCCGCAAGCGGUGACCCCAAAAAAAUCUACUGCGGUUGGUACAAGCACCGCCAAACUGGGAAAAGAGGCCGAGGCGAACGCUUCUCCCACAAAUAAAGUACCAGACACACCACCGACGCGUCGACGUCGUUUGAUCGAUGCACUGGUGGCCGAAGAGAACGUCGCUUCUAGCUCAAGCUCAAGCUCAAGCUCAAGCCCAAGCCGCAGCCAAAGCCAAAUUACUGAAGGCUCAGACCAUGUCAACAACAAGGAGCAUAAGCACGCUUGGAUUGACCGACCUAGCUUUCGUAAAGAGGUUCCACUGCGCAGGACCGGCUCCGAUAGCAGUGCGCUGGAGAGGAGGAAGGUCAAAUUCACUUACAGUCAAUCUCGAAGUUUUAUUCAGGCUUCCCAAGAAUCGGAUGCCGCCGAAUCUACCGACUAUCCCUCCCUCUUGGACGAAAUUGAUGCACCAAUAAAGCCGCCGCCGUCCCCAGUCAUGGAUGAUGAUGAUGACGAUGAGUUGAAGAACAAAGUUGCCAUCCGGAGUGUGCACGAACUGCGACGAGCUGGUGCCAACAACCGGUCGUCAGAUGAAGUUGACGAUCUACUGUCAAGAAUUGGAACUCCAGGUCCUUUGGCAUCCUCCAUGCGCAGAAAUGGCUUGUGUGAGCUGGCAAGCAGGCUGCAAAAGAAGGAGUUUAUGAAUCAAUUUCGCGACCAUGCAUCCCGUGAUAACAUUGCCAAGGGAAUUAGUCAUGAGAAAGAUACCAUCAGCGGAUUUCUCCUUGCGGCCAUCUUUGUCAUAUUUCUAUCAGCCGAAACCGCACCACACCUGCUCCGCCAAUUAACAGAGAACCGAGUGGGCUUGUGGUUGAAUAGUCUCCUUGCGAUACAAGAGGAUGCUACUGCCAUUGCGGCACAAAAGUCCACAAAUAUGUCGAGAGUAGGCAGAACCGCGCUGGAUAGCGUCAAGCGUGCGCUGUUGGAAAUGGACGUGUGGCAUGGCUACAAGCUGCAGCGUCUCUCUCCACGCACAAUCUCUUUGCAACUGCUCUUUAUGCUGGUCGGGUUGCUGGAUCCGCAAGACGUCCGAGUUCUGUUAGAUGAUACUUUUGCAAACUUUUCGCAACUGAGAUCCAGCUUUACAGAGGACGAUUCUCGAGAGGAUGUCGAUUAUGCUCUUACAGUCCUCAUUAUGGAGGCGGAAUCGAAUGCCACAGCGCCCGCAGAUGAACCGUUGAUGAAGAUACGGCAAGAGAUGUCUGACAUCGCUGCAUUUCUCCAAAACAUGCUACAACAUUGGCCGAGAACUCGUCAUAAUAUCGAUGCUACAUUAUUAAAGCUAGCCAUCAACACGACUAACAAUGAAACGAGGGCUGCUGCACUUCAAAACGGCCGGCUGCUGUCGAGCCUGGUUGGUACCAUUACUUCUGGGUUUUCGGCUGUCCAAAGUGCAAUACAGAAGUCGGCAUUCGAAAGCAAUGUGUACGACGAGCUUUCAUUGAUCCUUGGAAUCAUGAUUAACGUUUUGGAACAUUGCUCGGAUGCCCGAACAUCCAUCCAUGAAGACGAGGUUGAAAAGCUUCAUGUGACAUGGUCUGAAAGCGAACGAUCAAUAGAAACGGAUGAUUCGGUCGAGACGUCCAAGCUCGGCAUCGCAUACAGCUACCUGGCUAUAAUAUUGGGUUACCUGUACUUGGGCCAUACUGGGCUGGCGGUGCCUGGUGGCUUAGUUCCGGCCAUCCAACAUUUCAUCACCAUUAAUAAGGCGGUCGGUGAUAAGGCAGCAGGGCUGGAGCAUCUUGUAUAUAGCCUGACGAGGCUUCGCUAG